AUGGAAAAGAUGGAAAAGGAGUAUGACAUCAUUCAGAUUCCAAAAGGAAUUAAACGCAGCGAUCUGCCAGAAAGAAUAGAGGCUGAUAAGCCCUUUGAGAUCGACGGAAGCUUGUAUGUAUGUGAGAAGAGAGAUGAGGGAGCAAUGAAGGUGUGUUUCGAGGAAGAGGGAAAGACUAGCAUCCCUGUCCUGAGUAAGAACUUCUAUGUAGUAAGAAGGGUGUGA